UCCAGGUUGAAUUGACCAAAGCAAUGGUUAUGGAGAAGCCUAGUCCCCUGCUGGUCGGGCGGGAAUUUGUGAGACAGUAUUACACACUGCUGAACCAGGCCCCAGACAUGCUACACAGAUUUUAUGGAAAGAACUCUUCUUAUGUCCAUGGGGGGUUGGAUUCAAAUGGAAAGCCAGCAGAUGCGGUCUAUGGACAGAAAGAAAUCCAUAGGAAAGUGAUGUCACAAAAUUUCACCAAUUGCCACACUAAGAUCCGUCAUGUCGAUGCUCAUGCCACCCUGAAUGAUGGUGUUGUGGUCCAGGUGAUGGGCUUGCUCUCUAAUAACAACCAGGCUUUGAGGAGAUUCAUGCAGACCUUUGUCCUUGCUCCUGAGGGCUCUGUUGCAAAUAAGUUCUAUGUUCAUAAUGAUAUCUUCAGAUACCAAGAUGAGGUCUUUGGUGGCUUUGUCACUGAGCCUCAGGAAGAAUCUGAAGAAGAAGUAGAGGAACCUGAAGAAAGACAGCAGACACCUGAGGUGGUACCUGAUGAUUCUGGAACUUUCUAUGAUCAGACUGUCAGCAAUGACUUAGAAGAACAUUUAGAAGAACCUGUUGCUGAACCAGAGCCUGAUCCUGAACCAGAGCCAGAGCAAGAACCUGUGUCUGAAGUCCAAGAGGAAAAGUCUGAGCCAGUAUUGGAAGAAACUGCUCCUGAGGAUGCUCAGAAGAGUUCUUCUCCAGCGCCUGCAGACAUAGCCCAGACAGUGCAGGAGGACUUGAGAACCUUUUCUUGGGCAUCUGUGACCAGUAAGAACCUUCCACCCAGUGGAGCUGUUCCAGUUACUGGGAUACCACCUCAUGUUGUUAAAGUACCAGCUUCACAGCCUCGUCCGGAGUCUAAGCCUGAAUCUCAGAUUCCACCGCAGAGGCCUCAGAGGGAUCAAAGGGUGCGAGAACAGCGAAUAAAUGUUCCUCCCCAGAGGGGACCUAGACCAGUCCGUGAGGCUGGUGAGCAAGGUGAUGUUGAACCCCGAAGAAUCGUGAGACACCCUGACAGUCACCAACUCUUUAUUGGCAACCUGCCUCAUGAGGUGGACAAAUCAGAGCUUAAAGAUUUUUUUCAAAAUUAUGGGAAUGUGGUGGAGCUGCGUAUUAACAGCGGUGGGAAAUUACCCAAUUUUGGGUUCGUUGUGUUUGAUGAUUCUGAGCCUGUUCAGAAGGUGCUUAGCAACAGGCCCAUCAUGUUCAGAGGUGAGGUCCGUCUGAAUGUGGAAGAAAAGAAGACUCGAGCUGCCCGGGAAGGGGACCGCCGAGAUAACCGCCUUCGGGGACCUGGAGGCCCUCGAGGUGGGCUGGGUGGUGGGAUGAGAGGCCCACCCCGUGGAGGCAUGGUGCAGAAACCAGGAUUUGGAGUGGGAAGGGGCAUUGCUCCAAGGCAGUGAAUUGCUCUUCACCGAUCUUCAGGCAGCAGUACAAACCCUAGCUCCCACAGAAUGGUGAAUUUCUGCAGCCAACCUUUGGUAUCUCAGAAUCUGAUCCUAGUCUAUGAUAAACUGCUUAAGUUUGUACAAUUCUACUUUUUGUGUUACUGGUGUGUGCUCCUUCCCCUCUCACCCCCACCCCCCCACCUUUUAGUCCUUCACUUCCAGUUUUGUGGAAUGAUAUUUUAGGAAAAAUGGAUUUUUAAAGAAGAAAAAAAAAAGACUGCAUUUCUUUGCUUUAUUUGCAUAUAUAGACUGGAUUUUUUUUUUUAACAGUUUCCCCAAAGGAAUGUGUCUUGCUUAUUACUGACAUUUGGUAUGUUUCAUUCAUUGGAAUAUUUCUUACUUAUUUUCUACAUGUUUCAAAAGCCUGUGAGAAUUACAGGAUUUGAUAAACAUUUUGAAGGCAGGAAGAACCCAAAUUGUCUCUUUGAGAGUCAUGACUACCUUCUGGUGUGGAAAAAUUUUUAGAUUCUCUCUGGUAUGGUUAAAAACUGAAUAAAAGAUGUUAGU